UGAAAACUGCUAGACUAUUCAAAAGUUUGAUGUUUCAUCAUUGCACACACUCUUUUUGAAAUCUCUAACAUUCAUAGAUAUUCGCACUUCUGAAUAUUUGUUCCUCAUGUUUCCGAAUUCCUUCCAGAAAUAGUGUGCGUUCCCACCUUUGUCCUCUCAAACCAUCCAUUUCCAACUUUUCUUCUUACUAUUUCUACUUGUCUAGAGCUUUCCGUUCUUUGAGGCUCUGUUCUCUGUUACUCACCUUGGCACCCGUCCCCCUGUGCAUAAGGUUUUAAUCUAGUCGGGCAGAAAACGCCUUGACACCUGUGGCUUAUUUUCUAACCCCCUAAACUCUUAGCACAGUAGCCAGCCAAUGGUGAACGUUCAACAUCGAUUUGCUAGUUGGACUUAAUCGAGAAAAUCUCAUCCCAAGGAUGUGACCCAGGGCCAGGCCAUAAAUGCAGAAGGGCACAUUUAGUGCUUGUCACAUCCUGAGGUGUCAAUUCUGAUGGCUUGCCUCAAAGAGAUGCCAGGGGUGACUCACUCCUUCAGAAUAUCAGAAAGUGUUCCCUACUGUCACUUGUUCUAACCUGAAGUUUCUUCAUGUUUGAACCCUGUUUCAUGAAAAGAGGAAUGUAUUGAGAUAAGCCAUCGUUUUCAGACUUUUACAAGGUUAACAUAAUCCGAACAUACCAGAGCCGUCCCUUGGUCAAGGGCAGAAGGAGGCGCUGGAUUUUCUUUGGAAGAGUUCCCCAUUUGAAUGAACAUUUACUGAAGUGACUAAGCAGGGGGUUUAAUUCCAACUGAAUUCGGGGAGGAGAGGGGGAAAAGGAAGCAGACCAGAGAAACUGGAGGAAACCAUGUAACUUUUCAGUGGUCAGUUUAAAGCGUGGGGCGUGGGCAGGUGCACUUCAGGCAGGAUACAAACACCAAAGCCGUGGGCGCUCUGCAGCGCCCCUCCUGUCAGGGCAUUACUCAUUACGUCACCCCAUGGAGUUCAAAGCCAGGAGAGCACGGUGGUGUUGCAUCAUUAUUGCGGUGUGACUCUGUGAGUCUUUUCUCCAGGGAUAGUUUGGUAAUCGGGGUGAAAUAAAGCCCAGUCCAAACUGCACAGCCACAUUAGAAAACAGUGUGGUUCUCAGGGAAGGCAGUGGGGUUACAAAAGGGGUCACACGGUUCCUGCUGUUUCCCAGCCAUCGUGGUGGGAGGGGCCCCUCCCUACGACGACGUUCUUCUUAGCUUCCUCCUUUGGAAACAAAUAGUUACAUCUUCAGGCGUUUGUUCCGAUUUUUAAAAUCUUUAACUUUCCGUUAGAUGAAAGAAAAAAUUAUCUUCAAAAUGCUUUCAUCUUACCUCCUGUGAUUUACAUGAACUUUAGCUGAAAUACACCCAGUGGUAAAUAUUUUUUAAAUCAUCCUUUUUAUGAGGUUUUAUCAUUGAUACAUCCUUCACCACAUUGUGAAGAAGGGUGGGGAAGAGAGAAAUAAUCAUGAAUGCCUCUGCUGAGACAAGCCUUUGACAUUUAUUUCAUUCUCCAAAAAGCCUUGUGAAUGGGGAGACAAUCUCCAUUUUACAAUGAAAGAAACCAAGGAGUCCAGCGCCAUGCUGAGGCCACUGAGUGGAGGAUGAGUUUGGAACACAUGGAGAAUAUGCCUUUACACCAUGCAACUCCCUCAGGAGCACAGAGGCCAGGCUGGAAGCCGUGGGUCUUCUCGGUAGUUACUGCGCUACUGGUUUGCUUCUUCAGUGCCGGAGUCUUCUAUCUUCUCCUAUUCAAGACUGUUGGCGAGCCCUGUGUUGCUAAGUUUGGACCAUUACCUUCAAAAUGGCAAAUGGUAUCUCUCGAGCCUGCUUGCGUGAAGCAGGUAGCUGACUGGAAGCUGCAGAUACUUCGGAAUGGCUUGUAUUCAAUUUAUGGUCAAGUGGCUCCCAAUACCACCUACAAAGAAACAGCUCCUUUUGACGUGAGGCUCCGCAGAAACAAAGGCAUUAUACAAAGCAUAACAAAUAAUGCUUCAAUCCAAAAUGUAGGAGGGAUUUUUGAGCUGCAUGAAGGCGAUACAAUAGACUUGAUCUUCAACUUUCAAUACCAGGUUCUAAAGAAUAAUACGUACUGGGGGAUCUUACUGCUAGCCAAUCCCCAGUUCGUCCCCUAGAGUCUUGAUUUGGUCUCCCCGUCCUCUUCAGCACCUACCAAGAUGCUGGUGCGUGGGUUGGAGGAGGCAGGUUUUCAAUGUCUACAGCUUGGGUGCACAAAUCAACAUCCCAACAAACAGAACUCCUCUGCCUAUGAAUUUUCACCUCUCACGCUUAUCUGAAAGAGACUCAGAGGAAGGGCCAAGGGCAUUUGGUUACCCCUGACAAUGGCGUGGCAAAGACACUAUUCAUUCAUGGUAAAAUGAACAUGGGUGGCCAAAGGGCAGAAGCUCCUCGAAGAGUCUUUGUCUGAUCUUUGAAUCCCUGGGUGGAAAAAUGAGGUCUUACUCUCAUGGGAGUCUCACCUAGCAUGCUAAACGGAUCUAGCUCAGCAGCCUCGUCUUUUUCUCAUACUCUUGGGCUGUUUCACUUUAUUUUUCCCACACUGCCCUCCUCUGAGGCCCUGCUAAUAAUGUAGUCAGACUGGUGGGGUGGCCAACAGCACCCCACUUCAGACGUGAUGACAUUAGAGGAUAGAGAACAUUCUAAAGAACUAAUGGAACAGAGGCACAGGUGGCAUGGAAUGGAAUGCACUUUAUUCGGGGAAACUCCUCUGAUUUUAUCAUCCUUAGGAUGCAGGGUGCUUCAUAGAGCCAGCCGGUCGAAGGGGUCAUUCUGUGCCUUCACACAAGACUUCACGAGAUCUUGUUUGAGUGCGCGUCUAAACAUCGUCGAUGGUAAAGACAGAGCAAGCACUGGUAAUCACAAGGUCCCACCCUGGAAAUUGGCACUACCAGCGCUGUACGGUGUUGUGGAAGGAUUUCAUGUAUUUAGCUGGCGCUUCACAGUUUACAAGGUGCUUUCGCAUAUCACAGGGCAACUGGUUAUUAUCAAUUUAAUGGGGCAGGCAUUUGCGGCACUAUUUUAACAAUGAGUAUACAAAGGCAGGUGACCUGUUUCAAUCCACAGAACUAGUGAUUAAUGAGGCCAGUGGGCCUCCCACUGUAUCACUGCCUCAGCUUUAGAGUUGGCAUUUCCGCCAUCACUUUAAGCCAAUAAAGUUUGACAGGUUCAACUUUCGGGAGGUGUAGUCCCUCUCAGCCCAAGGUGGGCAGUGGGGAGCCUCAACAGAUCUCUCCUUUCUUGGCAAACUUCUUUUCCCUUCCCUGCCUGGAGCAGGGAGCACCGAGGAGUUGCUCAGGGAGAACUCCAACCAAAUCCUCGUUUCCAAGAGCCUGCCUUGAUCAAACAGUUACCAGCUCAACUCAGUGGCAGCCUGCCCAGGUCUGGGACUCUGUUACAACCUCCUUGUGGACUCUUGUUGAAAGCUACAUAACAUGAUUACGUAUUUACUGAAUUUAAAAUAUUUAUGGAUAUUUGUAAAAAGCUACAGUAUAUUAAUUAAUAGUAUCACGCAUAAAGCUAAUUUAAAUCUAUUUGUAUCAUGUGUAACAGAAAUUGCUCUGAGAACAGGGUGAGCCCGAGGCCAAGAGGUUUCUUAGGAAGUAUUUUUCUAAACUUCUGCUGAGGAGCAAGAGGGGGAAAGGCUUCUGUACUUUGUUCCUCUUGCAUUUACGUACCGUCUCAGGAAAUUUAAGUUAUAGCACAUAUUUAUGGAAACUUGGUAGAAAUGAUCUUUGUGAAAUUAUAAGCAGCAGUGUGCUGGAAUAGGCUGCCACUAAUUUGUGGGAGCUGAUUGUUCAAUUUUUAGAAGUUUUUUUUUCCAAUCUGGUUAUUAUUAAAUACUGCCCUCCUUGAAACUGGCCACAGAGGGGCUAUUUGUACCAUGGAAGUUGGCAAGCAUGACAAAUCAGAGCUUGGUUUAGUUUGGUUUUGAGAACUCAUUCACCCCGGCAUACCACUGUUUGUCAAACUGUCCUUCUCAAUGAAACUGUAUUUGCAGCAAAAGCCUCACAUGACAGUAAUUUCUCAGGGAAAACAGAGGUCUCAUUGGUGGCAGCCAGAGAUACAGCCACCCACGGAUGAUCUUCAGAUGUCCCUGGUGGUGUGAUUUCAGCCUUUGUUUUCGAUGCAUACUCUGCUUCCUUGUUUCCUCGAGUAGUUUCCUACUUUUAAACCUGUAAUAAAAUAUGUCU